AUGUGUGAGUUUCUCUUGGAUUUGUCUCCUCCGGCCACUUGAUUUCAUUGUGCCUCUCCUUAAUUUGGGUCUUCCCUCACCUCCACCUCUUUCCCUGAAAUUUUCACCCCCUGAUCCAACUACAGCUAGUUGUUUGCUUAUUCCACUUAAAACCCAGUUCAUCGGCAGCCACCUGAGCCCCCUCACCAUCUUCCACUGAACCAGAGCUGUUUAUCUCCCAAAAGAUGAAGCUUUUCAGCUGCCCCUCCCCCCAGCUUGUCCAUAAUGAAGAGGCCAGGAGCUAGUAGCCGUGAGCAUCCGAAGACCCUUCCCUUUUUUCCCCCAACUCUUUCGUAACUUUGGCAAAAGCACUCCAAAAUGGCUUCGACCAGCACCCAUAGAGCCUCUUCUACUUCUUCUAAUCCUCGUAGUUAUGAUGUGUUCUUGAGUUUUAGAGGGGGUGACACUCGUAAGAAUUUCACUGAUCAUCUCUAUACCACUUUGGUUACACAUGGAAUUCAUACGUUUAGAGAUGAUGAAGAGCUUGAGAAAGGAGGAGAUAUUGCGGCUGAUCUCUCAAGAGCUAUAGAAGAAUCAAGGAUUUUCAUUGUUAUUUUCUCAAAGAAUUAUGCCUACUCCAGAUGGUGUUUGAAUGAACUUCUAAGGAUCAUUGAGUGUAUGACCCGAAAAGAAUCAAUGGUUGUACCAAUUUUCUAUCAUGUGCCUCCAUCAGAUGUACGAAAUCAAUCGGGAAGUUUUGAUGAUGCAUUCACCUUGCAUGAAAAAGAUGCAGAUCAAAAGAAGAAGGAGAUGGUAGAAAAGUGGAGGACUGCCUUGACGAAAGCAGCCAAUAUAUCUGGAUGGCACGUGGAAAACCAGUAUGAGUCAGAGGUUAUUGGACAAAUCAUUGAGAAAAUCCUUCAAAAAUUGGGACCUACACAUUUAUAUGUUGGCAAGAACAUUGUUGGAAUGGAUUAUCAUUUGGAACAACUCAAAGCAUUAAUAAAUAUUGAGUUGAAUGAUGUUUGUAUAAUUGGAAUUUAUGGAAUUGGUGGAAUUGGCAAGACUACCAUUGCCAAAGCAAUUUACAAUGAAAUUUCAUGUAAAUUUGAGGGCAGUAGCUUUCUUGCAGAUGUUCGAGAGCAGUCCAAAGAUAAUGCUGGUCUGCUUAGAUUACAAAAUCAACUUCUUGAUGAUACCUUAGCAGGAACAUAUAAAAAAAAAAGUAGUAGCAUUCAUGAAGCAACCCAUGAGAUAAGGGACAAGCUUCGGUUGAAAAGAGUUCUUGUUAUUCUUGAUGAUGUGGAUGGGCGAAGGCAAUUAGACUACUUAUCUGGAGAAUGUGAAUGGUUUGGUUCAGGAAGUAGAAUUAUCAUAACAACUAGGCAUAAAGAUUUGGUAGCUAUAGACGGAGCAAAUAAAUCAUAUGAGCCUAGAAAGUUAAAUGAUGAAGAAGCCAUCAAGCUUUUCAGUUUAUAUGCCUUUAAACAAAAUGUUCCAAGAGAAAAUUAUAAAAAUCUUUGUGAGAAUGCAGUAAAGUAUGCCCAAGGCCUUCCCCUAGCACUUGCAGUUUUGGGUUCUACCUUAUCUAGCAAGAGAGGAAUACGCCAAUGGGAAAGUGAAUUGCGUAAAUUGGAAAAAGAACCUAACAGGGAAAUUUAUAAUGUACUUAGAACAAGUUUUGAUGGAUUAAGUCGUGUAGAAGGGGAAAUAUUCCUUGACAUUGCUUGUUUUUUUAAAGGAAAAGAUAGAGAUUUUGUUUCAAGAAUAUUGGAUGAUGCUGAAGGUGAAAUAAGUAAUCUUUGUGAAAGAUGUCUUAUAACCAUUUUAGACAACAAGAUAUAUAUGCAUGACUUAAUACAACAAAUGGGUUGGGAAGUUGUUCGCGAAAAGUGUCAAAACGAGCCCGGGGAACAGAGCAGGUUAUGGGAUCUUGAUGAUGUCUCUAGUGUAUUAACUAGAAAUGCGGGGACAAAGGCAAUUGAAGGAUUAUUCAUGGACAUGUCUGCACAACAAGAAAUUCAAUUUACAACUGAAACCUUCGCAAAGAUGAAUAAACUUAGAUUGCUCAAAAUUCAUCAAGAUGCUAAAUAUGAUCAUAUUAUGGAAAUUGAUGGAGAUGUGCAUUUUCCUCAAGUGGCCCUUCCUGAAGACUUGAAAUUGCCUUCUUUUGAGUUAAGGUAUCUCCAUUGGGAUGAAUAUUCUUUAAAAUACUUGCCACCAAAUUUUCUUCCGAAGAAUCUUAUUGAGCUCAACUUGCGGUGUAGCAACAUAGAACAACUUUGGGAAGGAAAUAAGCGUCUUAUAAAGUUAAAGGUCAUCAAUCUUAAUCAUUCACAACAUCUCAUAGAGUUCCCAAGCCUCUCAAUGAUGCCAAAUUUGGAGAUACUAACCCUUGAAGGGUGCAUAAGCCUUAAGCGUCUUCCAAUGGACAUUGAUAGGUUGCAACACCUUCAGACUCUCUCUUGCCAUGAUUGUUCAAAACUAGAGUAUUUCCCAGAGAUCAAGUACACAAUGAAAAAUCUCAAAAAGCUUGAUUUAUAUGGAACAGCAAUAGAGAAGCUACCAUCAUCAUCAAUUGAACAUUUGGAAGGGCUUGAAUAUUUGAAUUUGGCACAUUGCAAAAAUCUUGUGACUCUUCCUGAGAGCCUAGAGAGCCUGCAAUGCUUAGAGGAGCUUUAUUUAGGUUGGCUGAAUUGUGAAUUGCCUACUUUGUCAGGUUUAUCCUCCUUAAGAGUAUUACAUCUAAAUGGCUCUUCUAUAACUCCAAGAGUAAUCCACAGCCAUGAGUUCUUGUCCUUAUUGGAGGAACUCAGUCUCAGUGAUUGCAAAGUAUUGGAAAGAGGGGCCCUGGAUCAUAUUUUUCAUCUAUCAUCGUUGAAAGAAUUAGAUCUAAGUAACUGCUAUCUAAUGGAAGAAGGAAUCCCGGAUGAUAUUUAUCGUCUAUCAUCAUUGCAAGCAUUAGAUCUCAGUGGAACUAAUAUCCAUAAAAUGCCUGCUAGCAUCCACCAUCUUUCUAAGCUGAAAUUCCUCGGGUUGGGUCACUGCAAGCAGCUUCAAGGAAGUAUAAAGCUUCCAUUCAGUGUACGAUUUUUAGAUGGCCAUGAUAGCUUCAAAUCAUUGUUGUGGCAGAGGUGGCUAUGGGGUUUCCUAUUCAAUUGCUUUAAAUCAGAAAUUCAGGAUGUUGAGUGUAGGGGUGGUUGGCAUGACAUACAAUUUGGUCAAUCUGGCUUUUUUGGCAAGGGAAUUAGUAUUGUAAUUCCUAGAAUGCCACAUUGGAUAAGUUAUCAGAAUGUAGGAAAUGAGAUAAAAAUUGAGCUUCCUAUGGACUGGUACGAGGACAAUGACUUUUUGGGAUUUGCUUUAUGUGCCGUUUAUGUUCCACUUGAGAACACCCUUGGGGAUGCACCUACAAUGUCUUAUGGAUUAAGAUGUCAUUUGAGUUUGUGUGGUGAUCAAUCCAGGUUCAGGGAUUAUCUCUCCUUUUAUUCUGUCUGUGAAUGCUAUUGUAGUGGUGAAUCAAGCGAUCAAGUGUGGAUGACCUGCUAUCCUCAGAUUGCCAUUCAGGAGAAGUAUCGCUCCAAUAAGUGGAGGCAGUUCGCAGCUUUAUUUGUUGGCUAUGGCACUGGAUCCUUUAAAUUCAUAAAGUGUGGGGUCACACUUAUAUAUGAACAGAAGAGCAAGCUUCUUGGAUCAGUUGAGAAUGUAUCUGUUACUUGCUCAAAGUGUCAAAAGAAUGGGGAGCUUCAAGAGAAGCUGUGUUUAGGGGAAACUGAUAUCAAUGAACUACUCAAUAUUGAGUGCCUCUCCGGAAUUCAAAACUUAUGUUUGCGGAACUGCAAAAGGCUUGAGAGUCUUCCAAGUGACAUUUAUAAGUUGAAAUCCCUUACAACUCUUUCUUGCUCUGGCUGUUCAAAACUGCAAAGUUUUCCAGAAAUUAUGGAAGAUAUGAAAAAUUUAAGAGAGCUUCGUUUGGAUGGAACUGCUUUAAAAGAACUACCAUCAUCAAUUCAACAUCUACAAGGGCUUCAAUAUUUGGAUCUGGAAAACUGCAAAAACCUUCUGAAUAUUCCAGACAACAUUUGUAACUUGAGAUCUCUCAAAACUCUCAUUAUCUCUGGUUGUUCAAAACUCAACAAACUACCCGUGAACUUAGGGAGCCUUACACAGCUACAGUUUCUUUGUGCUGCACAUUUACAUUCAACGAGUUGUCAAUUGCCUUCUUUGUCAGACCUUCGCUCCUUAAGAAUAUUAAAUCUAGAUCGGUCAAAUUUAGUGCAUGGAGCAAUUCGGAGUGAUAUUUCCAUCUUAUACUCAUUGGAAGAAGUAGAUCUAAGCUACUGCAAUCUAGCUGAAGGAGGAAUCCCCAGUGAAAUUUGCUACCUAUCAUCACUGCAAGCAUUAUAUCUGAAAGGGAACCAUUUUAGUAGCAUACCUUCUGGGAUCAGUCAGCUUUCUAAGCUGAAAAUCCUUGACUUGAGCCACUGUGAGAUGCUUCAACAAAUUCCAGAGCUUCCAUCAAGUUUGCGAGUUUUGGAUGCCCAUGGAUGCAUUCGGCUGGAAAGUUUAUCAAGUCCACAGAGUCUACUUUUGUCUUCUCUAUUCAAAUGCUUCAAAUCAGAAAUUCAGGAGUUGGAAUGCAGGAUGGUUUUGUCUAGCCUCCUUCUGCAAAGAUUUUUCUAUCAUGGAGUGAAUAUUGUAAUUUCUGAAAGUAGUGGAAUCCUGGAGGGGACAUGGCAUCAGGGAUCUCAAGUAACAAUGGAGCUUCCCUGGAAUUGGUAUGAAAAUAACAACUUCUUGGGAUUUGCUUUAUGCUCUGCUUAUUCUUCACUUGAUAAUGAAUCCGAGGAUGGAGAUGGGGAUGGAUAUCCUUGUACUUUCAAAUGUUGUUUGACUUUCUGGACUAGUAAAUCUGGAUGGCAGUGUGAGCUCCCAUUAAAAUCCAGAUGUACAUGCUACAAUGAUGGUGGUGUAUCAGAUCAAGUAUGGGUGAUGUAUUAUCCCAAGGGUGCUUUUAGAAUGAAUCCUGUCUCAGUUGAACAUAGGUCCUUGAGUGCUUCAUUUCAUGGUUAUAUUCAUGGUAGAGCAGUCAAGGUGAAAAAAUGUGCAGUGCAAUUUCUAUUCAGCCAAGGAUCAUCGGUACAAGAUGCUCAUGUUAUCAAGGGAUGCAGUGAUUACACACAAGAUGACCAAGAAGAUGACUCACACCAUAAAAGAUUAAGAACAGUCUAACACUAGUCUCAAGCUUUAUACCCAGAUGGCUAUUGCACACACAAAGCUCUGUUUAUGGCUUUCUUUGUCAUCAUUCAGCGGAUACUGAAUUUGUAGAUUACACAAGCCUUCAAUUUGUUAAUCUGGGUGGAAUAUUCAGACGGACGAAAGGUGCAAAAGUUGGUCAUUGAAUCAAAGACGCAACAUUGAAUCGAUCAAGCCAUUAAAUCUUCAAGGCAAGUGAAUUUGUCUACACAAGAAUUUCCAACUCGAAGUACUGUCUUGCCAAUAGUAGUUCAUGCUCUAUUUAAUUUGUUGUUUCACUAUUUUUUCUUAGUCUCUGAGGUAGAUAAAUGCCUUGAAGAAAGAUUAAGAAAGAUCAAAACUUUGGAGGGAGAAGACAUGUCCAAUUAAGAGAUUUGCUUUAGAUGUGUUGAUAGGUAGGUAAGCUCUUCCUAGACAACUGCAAUAUGUCAAUCUUUGACUGAGAUCCUCUAGAGAAAAUGUCAUGGAGGCAUACCUUGACUGGGUUUUCAAAGACUAGGAGGGCAGUCUACUUGGCCUAUGAGGCUCAAAUUGUAAGUGCAACAAGAGGGAUGGGUCAUUGGGUCAAAAUUCUUAAAGCUCCCAAUGAAGACACCUUAGUAGGAGUAAGGUUGCGACUUUGUGAUGAGAAGUGUUUACUUCCUAAAUGUUGAAAACUCAAAUUGAAAUAUGUUUUUGGUAACUAUUUCUCUGCUUUCUCUUAGACUCUGCAUUACAUUGUUGGCAUUAACUACUAUGAAAUCAGUUCAAUUAA